GCUGCGCCUGGAUCUGUUCGCAACAGCCACGGCAGUCUGGAGCACGAUGCAGAAACGCAGCCGGCGGUUGCAGUACCUGGCUACACUAGCAGCGUCGGUGAUACACUUCGCUUUCGGCACGUUCAUGGCUUGGUCGCCGACGACUGUUCCCAUCCUGCAGGAGGAGGACUCGCCGGUGCCGCUGACGCCGGACCAGGGCUCGUGGAUUGUGUCCAUCAACUCGCUCACUGGCCUGGCGGCCAUCCUUACCACUGCCUACGCCGCUGAUGUCUUCGGGCGGAAGACGCUGAUACUGGUGGGCGCCGUGCCCGCACUCAUUUGGUGGCUGAUGGUCGCCUUUGCCAGUUCCUAUGAAGUGCUGAUCACCGCCAGGGCAAUCGGGAGCUUAACGGGGGGGUUCAUCGGUGGCGCUACCACCAUGUUCGUUUGUGAGAUAGCUGACAUCGAGAUAAGGGGGACGCUCAUGGCGUUUCACGGUAUCUUCCUGUACGGUGGAAGUCUGCUCAUGUACUGUAUCGUGCCCUAUCUGCCCAUAUCCACUGUUGCCUUCAGCUGCAUGUCUAUUCCCAUUUUAUUUUUGGUCACGUUCGUAUGGAUGCCGAAGUCCCCGUAUUUCUAUCUCCUGCAGAACAGAGAAUCUGAAGCUGUAAAGUCUCUUGUGAGGUACAAAGGCGAGCUGACACCAGAGGAGCUCCAGUUCGAGCUAGAAGCGAUGUACAAAGCUAUCCGUCAGAAGCAAGAAACCAAAGGGAAGUGGAAAGACACAUUUCUGGUACCAGUUUACCGGAGAACGUUGCUCUUAAUGCUUGGAUACGGACUGAUUCACACAUCUACGGGAUCUAUAGCGUUUGCUAACUACACGACCUACAUAUUUCAGAAGAGUGGAAGUAGCAUCGAUGCAAAUGUGUCUUCAAUCAUCGUGACUGCUGUUUCUUUAGUUUCAAGUCUAGCGUCAUCAUUUGUCAUCGAGAGGGUCGGCCGGCGACCUCUAGCUGUAGGCUCAGCACUAGUAAUGGGCGUCUGCCUUGCCAUAAUGGGCGGAUACUUUUAUGCUGACGCCGUCCAGGGCGACGUGAACUCCGCCUUCGACUGGGUACCACUCGCUUGCUUCAUUUGUUUCAAUCUAAGCAACAGUGUUGCAUCAGCGCCAAUUGGAUCCCUGCUCACAGGAGAGGUGUUCCACGUGUCCGUUAAGGCCAUCUGCCUGACGUUAUACAGCACAGUAACAGCUCUCUAUGGCUUUGUCCUGAAGAAGCUGUUCCAAGUGGUGUCGGACGGCCUGGGUGCUUAUUACUCCUUCUGGGCGUUCUCUUUUAUGUGCUUUGUCUGUGCAGUGUACAUGUACAAGCUGCUGCCCGAAACAAGAGGAAAGACCUUUGCACAGAUCAACGACGAUAUGGAAUACAUCACAGGUGGACAUGUUGACGACGACAACAAAGAUUCAGUGAAGACAGCUUCUGGAUGAAAGUUAAAAAGUGCUUGUUCUUUUACCUAAGUUAAUGACAAUGCAGCGAAGUAACAUAUUUCAUUCUGCUUCACACCUGUCGUAUCACUCGAAAUAACUCGGAAGGGAAGAAUCAACUGAAUCCAAGUUUCCAUUAAGGAAACACCUAGAAAUGUCACACAGACAAACCUGAUGUACGUUUCGUAGAAACUCAGAGUAUAUGAUAUUUCGGAAAAAGUUUUUACGUCAUGUCAUUCUCAUUAUAGACAGUAUGUUCUUCACCAGUCUUUGUAUUGUAACUUUGACAACUGCAGUUUCUGUAUGCAUAUUACAAUGUAUUAUAGACGAUCUUUGGCACAUUGUAACAAAUAUGAUGUGUGCGUGAUGUUUUUCACACAUCAAGAAUUUUGUUUUCUGGGUGAUCUGUUUAUGAAUAGCUGUAUCUUAACGAUAUUGCCGCAUCUAAAAUUCCGAUGAAGGAAAGCACCGCAAGAGAAACAUUCAAUAAAUCGGAAGUGAUUAUCUAAUAGUCGACCACACGUAUUUCUAAUGGCAGCAGAUGGUCUGUUAUUGACCCUAAGAGAGUGAAAGACGAAUCUAGCUUUGGAAGAAAUUGCUCAAUCGUGAUACUGUGGACAUUUCCAUGUGAUCUUAUAGUAUUAUUGCCAAAGUUUGUGUGUAGUUUAAAUUAAACUUCCUGUAAGUUAUUAGAUUUGCUUUUAUAAUGAUAUUUAAGCGGUAUUCCCGUGCUUGCAGAAAAAUGAAUUUGCGCUU